AUGGACAAAAUGGUCCAUGAGUUGAAAGAUGAUUUUUCUCAACUUUCUCAAACCAUGAUGUCUUACUCCGCCUCUAUUAAGCAAUUGGACACCCAAGUUGGGAAAAUCUUCGUGCAACUAAAUGCCAGACCUAGAGGUGGACUCCUUAGUAACAUGAUUGCUAAUCCAAAGAAUGAUGCCCAAGUUCUAGCAAUUGUCACAAGGAGUGGGAAGGUACUUGAUGAUCCAUUUAGAGGAGACUUGAAUGAUAAUUUACUUAAGAAUAAAGCAAAGGAGGUGAUGCCCCAAAGAAAAAAAGCAAACAAUGAGAAAGAUAUCGAGAAAAGUAAUGAAAAAGUGGUAGAAGUUAGAAAGCCACAAGGUGACGCAAGGCCAACCAUCCAAGUUCCUUCCUCAUUCCCUCAACGACUAUAUAAAAAAGAGGAUGGUGAAAAAUUAAGGAAUUUCAUGGCAAAACUUUGCAACCAAUCGAUAAAUAUCUCAUUGCUUAAGACAAUUCAAGAGAUUUUGGGAUACGCUAAGUUGAUGAAAAAGUUGAUGUCUAAAAAGAAGCUUAUUAAAGGUGAAACCAUCAAGAUCAAAUUGGAUACCCCUACACCAACCUCUAUUCGACUUCUCAAGGCGGACCGGUCCAUCAAAAGGCCGGUGGGUAUUUUGUUUAAUGUCCUUGUCAAAGUGGAAAAGUUUAUACUCCCGGAGGACUUUGUGGUAUUGGAUUUUGAAAUGGACAAAGAGGUACCUAUCAUCCUUGUUCGUCCUUUCUUGUCCACCAGGAGAGCUAUUGUCGAUCUGGAGAAGGGAGAUAUGAAAUUUAGGGUGCAAGAAGAUGAAGGUGCAUUGGAUGAGCUUGAAAAAGGGAAAGUGUGUAAUUCUGCAUUAAAAACUGAACAAGGGAAAAUUUCAUGA